AUGACUUCGUGCACAAGGACGCGCCGGCUCUCCGCGGCGGCAACUUCUGAUGCUGCCAUGGCGGCGGCCUCUUCUCUCUCUCCAUGGGCGUCCAUCCUUCAUGGUGAUCUGCUUCGCGUGAUAGCGGGGCGUGUUUUGGAGGACGAUUUCCUGGAUUAUGUUCGCUUCCGCGCCGUCUGCACCGGUUGGCGGUCCGGCACCCUCUGUCCGCGCGGCCGCGGCGUCACCGAUCUGCGCUUCCACCCGCACCGCUGGAUGAUGCUCACCGAGGGUCAUGGCCUCUAUCCUGGAUAUGGCAAGCUGGGUGGGUACGUCCGCUUAUUCAACCUCUACACGGGAACCUUCGUCCGUGCCAAGCUCCCGUUGUUCAGAAACCACUGCGCGCUUGAUAGUGUCGACGGCCUCCUCCUACUCCAAAGGGACGAAGACACCUUCAUCUGUGUCCUCCACCCUUUCACUGGCGACAUUGCAGAGCUCCCACCACUGCCCACCCUCCUCACUCAGCUGGAUGGUGAUCGCAACCAAGUACCUGAGUGUGAGAAGUGGUUCUUCAUCAGAUACGAUAUAUGUGCUUCAGUUUCCUGCAAUGCUGGGAUUACCUCCGUCAUGCUUGCAUCCCAUUAUCAAUCUCGUGUAGCCUUUGCUACCUCGCAGGACAGGCAUUGGACUGUGACAAGCUGGAAGGUCCCACGGAGUGUUCGACCCUUGUCAUUCCGUGGCAAGCUAUAUGUGGUUCAUAACCAAACCCCUGCCAUUGAUGCUACAUCAACUGUUCUCCAGAUUGAUCACCCCCUGCAGGAUCAGAUAGGCUUAGGCUCUCGAGAACCGUCACCACCGAAGUUAAUUGCCACAUACCAGCAUAUUAGCACACGACUACGACACUGUCGAGAUCUCUCCCGGUUCCGCGCCGCUGGCCAUGACUUCGUGCACAAGGACGCGCCGGCGCUCCGCGGCGGCAACUUCUGA